UGAUGAUUCAAGGUCUUCAGGACACAAUAAACUUAUUUUUGGCUACACGUAGACACACACGGGGCAGACGUUUUAGCAUAUUCUCCGGCAUGUGACAGUUUUGUGUGAGCAAUAAAUUGCAAUUUUAAAAGAACCAGUGAAGUUGUUUAUUUUAUACAAAGAUCCAGAAAGUUACAAGACAUUUUGCAUACCUAAACAGAAUAUACAUUAUUAGAAACUUAAUCUAUAAAUUGUGAUGAGUGUACGUGGCUUAUAAAUUUUCGUGCAAUAAAGAUGUGGAAACGUGAGAAGUCGUCAAAGUUAAACGGUAGUUCAGCAGAAACUAUGGAAACGGGAAAGUCUGACGUAACUGGCAAGGAUAAAGCUCAAGUGGCAUCAACAAAGACACAUCCAACAGUUUAUAUCGUCUUUUUCUCACUCUUACUUGACCUCCUCGCAUUUACGAUGAUUUUGCCAUUGCUGCCGUCAUUACUAGAACAUUAUAGAGUUAAUGAUAAGGAUGGACUUUAUACGACAUUAUCAAAUAGUAUAAGCUAUUUUACGCAACUUGUUGGCGCACCUGACAAGUAUACAUCAGUUCUGUUUGGCGGAUUUCUUGGUUCUAUGUUCAGCUUACUCCAAUUCAUCAUAAGUCCAUUGGCAGGUGGAUUAUCAGAUUAUUAUGGACGUAAACCAAUUCUCCUUGUCACUCUGUUUGGAAUAAUUGGAUCGUAUGGAUUGUGGGCAGUAUCAAGUAAUUUUGGACUGUUUGUUUUGGCACGUUUUGUUGGUGGAUUGAGUAAAGGAAAUAUCAGUUUAAGUAUGGCAAUUAUAACAGAUGUCUCGAGCAAGGAAAAUCGUGGCAAAGGAAUGGCACUUGUUGGCAUUGCAUUCAGUUUAGGAUUCAUUGUUGGACCAAUAAUCGGUGCUGUAUUUUCACGAUUUGCUGAUAAAUCAUCGACAGACUGGUUUGCAUAUCCUGCACUUUUUGCAAUGUGCUUAGCAACGCUCGAUGCACUUUUCGUCAUGUUUUGCUUAAAGGAAUCAUUGCCAGUGGAGAAGCGUGCAAAAACUGUUAUCAACUCCGUUUCACAGGCACUUGAACACAUCAGCAUUCCAUCAUUGUUCCGCUUUGAUGCUGUCAAGAACCUAUCCAAGGCUGAUGUUGCAUCAUUGAAACAACUUGGAUUCAUUUAUUUCGUUUAUCUGUUCAUAUAUUCGGGACUUGAAUUUACUGUUACAUUCCUUAUGUUCCAUAAAUUUGGAUAUAAUUCUAUGGAUCAAGCUAAAAUGUUUUUAACAACUGGUGUGAUAAUGACAAUACUUCAAGGUGGAGUUGUAAGGAGAAUAAAAUUAGAACGUACUAAACAAGCUGCCGUUUUCGGUUUAAUACUCAUUAUUCCAUCGUACGUAAUCGUUGGAUUAAGUGAAAAUAGUUUUUGGCUCUAUGUCGGAAUGAUUCUUUAUGCAAUCUCAACCGCCUUCGUCGUGACUUGCAUGACAACGCUUACAUCAAAAUAUGGAAACUUCGAUCAGAAAGGCACAGUUUUGGGAAUCUUUAGAUCUCUUGGAGCUCUCGCUAGGGCAUUUGGUCCAAUCAUUUCGUCGACAGCUUUUUGGUCGAUUGGCUCAACAACGACAUACCUUAUUGGUGGACUUUUACUAGUGCAUCCAACCAUUAAUUUAUACAAAUUAAAAUUAUCAUAAAGACAACUUUUGUGACAUCUACGAACAAAUAUUAACAUCAAAGAUGUUAAUCGCAACU